GAUACGAUCGCUCUCACUCUAAGUCUGAGCUUCUCUUCACGUAGCGUUGGGUUGGAAGUUGGGAUAGACUUUAUCUUCUUUACAUCCUGAAGCGAUACGUUUGACAUUAUACACAAAUGGGCUGCGGCUCUAGUAUACCGGCUCAACCGAGCGCGGCAUCGCAACCAGCGGCGAAGCCCGCGUCGCAGAACACUGCGUCGCAACCUGCGCAGCCGGCCCCAGCAGCACCAGCGUCUUCUGAUGUAAAUGCACUUCAGGAGAAGCCCUUGAUAAAUUGGACGCAAGAGGAUGUGUCGACCUGGUUCGGGUCCCUGCCAUCGGAGCUCCAAGUACACAAGACGCCCCUGCUGCCUGCUGAUGGGAAGGCAAUGGCGAAGUGGACGGAGCAGGAUCUGGCCUCCAAAGGCAUUGCGGCCGACGACGCCGCCCGCCUGGUGGCUUUCCGCGAGCUGGCCGUAAGCCGCGCGCCAUCCGCAGCCGCAGGAGGGGCAGCUGACGGUGCGCCUGGCCCUGCGCCCGGUACCUCUGCCGCGCUGGGGCCGCUGCCGGCGCUGCCUGUCAAGCCCACCGCGGCCGCGCCCGUUGACGCUCCAGCGGCACAGGCUGCUGCCAGCGGUGCAUCAGCGCCUGCAUCGGCGCCUUUGUCGGCGCCUGGGCCGGCGCCUGCGGCUGCGCCUGCGGCUGCGCAGCAGAAGCGGCAGCAGGAGGCGCAGGCGGACGACACGUCGCUGACGAUGCGGGUGCUACAGGGCAUUGACCCCACGCGCAUUGAGGUGGCGGCUGUGGGGCCUAAACUGCCCUUCCCAGGCAACGUGGCCGCGCAGCUGCUGGUGCGGUUGCUGGAGCGGCUCUCGGCGCCCGACACGGCUGCUGCGGCGGCGGGCGUGAAGGGCCGGCUGCUGUGGGAGCGGCCGGUGGCGCUGCUGGACGUGCUGGCCAGCUGCAUGCAGGAGCUGCCGCCGCCCGCCUACAAGCGCAUCGCGGCGGACCUGUGCGAGGUGCUGGAGGACCUGCUGUCCUACGUGGACGCCUACGGCGGCGCGGCCGGCCUGCCCGCCCUGCUGGACCCGGCGGGCGGCGAGCAGCAGCACUUUGCGGGGCUGCUGGAGGCGCUGGAGGGCGCGCGCAAGGCGGCCAUGGCGGCCCUGAGUGUGGACAGCGACGUGCGGCUGCAGGGGCUGCAGGACGCUGUGGAGCGGGCGCGGCCGGACGCCAUGGACGGCGCGGCGGCGGCCCGGGAGCUGGUGGUCCGUGCGCGCGGGCUGGCGGCUGUGGCGGGCGACCGGGGCCUGGUGGAGGCGGUGCUGGGCGCGCUGGGCGACUGCGGGCCGGCCGUGGGCGUGGAGGAGGCUGCGGCGCUGCUGGCCUGCCGGGGCGCGGGCUCUGCCGCCGCCGGGCGGCCGGCUCCCCAGUCCGCCAUCCGCCGCCACGACCUCGCGCUGUUCUGGGCGCGCCACUGCAGCGCCGCCGAGACGCAGGUGCCGUGGCGGGUGUGGUGGGAGGCAUUCCCCGCCAAGCUGGGUGAGGGCGGCGCCGGCGCGGUGCCUGCGGGCGACGUGGCCGCCAUUGCGGAGCUGGUGUCGUCCGACUCGGCACGCACCAACUUCCGCAUCAACGUGGAGGAGCGCAACAAGGGCACCGUGUCCGUGUACGAGCUGGAUGAGGCCUUCCCGCCCGCAGCAGGCGAGGGCGGCGAUGCGGCCUCGCUGGUGGAGCUGGUGCGGGCGGCGGUGGAGGGCCCGGGCAGCGUCAGGCGCCGCACCAUGGGCGGCCGCUGCCUGCUGCCGCCGCUGCCGGUCGGGUACGUCGGCCGAGAGGAGGAGGCGGCGGCGCUAGAGACGGCGCUGGGAGCGGAGCCGGACGCGACCGCCGCUGCGCCGGCGGGCUCGGGCUGCGUGGUGCUGCUGGGUGGCGGCGGCGCCGGCAAGUCUACUUUGGCGGCGGACGUGGGGUGGCGGCUGAAGGCGGCGGGCAAGCUGAUUGGCGGCGCGCUGUGGGUGGACCUGCGCGGCGCUGGCAGUGCGGGCGAGGUGGACGCCCGGUUCGCGGCGGCACUGGGCAUGGAGACGGAGAUGUACGGCCCGCCGCUGCGUGUGGUGGACGCGAUCCGCCUGGCCACCAGCUACGGCGGCCACGCGGUGUGCGUGCUGGUGGUGGUGGACCACGCGGAGGACGCCCUGGCGGCGCCGGACGCGGCGGAGGCGCUGCGCAACGUCCUCAGCAAGGUGGCGCUGACGGCGCCCGGUGCGCGUCUGCUGGUGUGCUCCCGCGUGGCGCUGGGUCCCCUGGCGGCUGCUGCGCCGGGUGAGGCGGGCCACACGGCCAAGGGCCCGGCUGAGUUCGAGCUGCCGGAGCGCGACGUGGAGCCGCUGGCGCCCGCGGACAGCGUGCGGCUGGUGCGCGGCGUGGCGGCGCACCUGGGCGAGGGCGAGGCGGCGCGCGUCGCGGAGGCAUGCCGCGGCGUGCCCCUGGCGUUGCUGGUGGUGGCGCAUGCGCUCGCAGCCGGCCGCCUGACACUCGAGGACGUAAUCAAGGCCGCCACCAAAGAGCUGUCCGCGGCCGACCCCACCGCCGCCGCCGUGGUGCUGGCCUUUGGCGCGCUCAAGCCCGCCACGCAGGCGCUGCUGGGCCAGCUGGCGCUGCUGCGCACCGCCUUCAGCGACGCCGCCGCGGCCGCCGUGCUGGGCGUGCCGCCUUCCCGCGCGCGCGGCAUCCUGGCAGGCCUGGGCCGCCUGGGGCUGGUGUGGCGGCCCAGCGGCCGCACCCACGCCCUGCACUCGCUGCUGCGCGCCGCCGCGGGCGCGGCUGCGGCGGCGGGCGGGCAGCAGACGGCGACGGAGGCGCGACUGGUGUCUCGGGUGCUGGGCCAGCUGCGGGAGUGGAGCGAGGGCUACAACACCAAGUGCUGGCGGCUGGGGCUGGUGGCGGCGCGGGAGGAGUACCCGCACCUCACGCUGGGCCUGGAGCUGCUGGCGUCGCCCAGCUCCGCCGCCUGGUCGGUGCCGCAGGUGGUGGGCGCACUCAGCGCGCCGCUGCCGCACUUUGCCCGCGCCGCCGGCCUGCCGGCGCGGCUGGGGGCGGUGUGUGAGAACCUGCUGAAGAAGAUCGACGCCAGCCCCACCAAGGCCACGCCCGAGCACCAGCUGGCUGUGGCCAAGCUGCAGUUCAUCACCGCCCGCCUCAAGCGCGACGCCAAGGCCGCCGAGGCCGACGCCCGCGCCUCGCACGAGGCCCGCGCCCGGCUGCUGGGCGCCGAGCACCCCGACGCCGUGUCCAGCCUGGAGGCCACCGCGGAGGCCGUGUACCGCCAGGCCGGCCGCGCCAAGGAGGCAGAGGCGCUGUUCAAGCAGGCGCACGAGCUGAGGCAGAAGCUGGCGGCGGCGCGUGGAGGCGGCGGCACCGCAGCGGAGGAGGAGGAGGCGGAGGACCCGCAGGCCGCUAUCUCGGCGGCGGGGCUUGGCGACUGCCUGCGGCUGCGCGGGCAGUGGGAGGAGGCGGAGGCGGCCUACAACGACGCCAUCGGGCUGCGGCGGCGCCACCUGGGCGACUACCACCCCGACGCCGCCAACGUGCUUGCGGGGCUGGCCGACAACGUCAAGGGCGAGGGCCGCUUCUCCCAGGCGGAGCCGCUCUACCGCCAGGUGCUGGCGCUGCGGCAGCAGGUGCUGGGGACGGACCACGCCGAGACCGCCACCGCCGCACUGGCGCUGGCGGCCUGCGUCAACGCCGCCGGCCGCGGCGCCGUGGCCGAGCCGCUGUACCGCUCCGCCCUGGACAUCCGGCAGCGGCUGUUCGGCGAGGAGCACGCGCUCACGCUGGAGGCGCUGGUGGCGCUGGCGGCGUGUGUGGGCAGCAGCCUGGGACGCAACGCAGAGGCGGAGCCGCUGUACCGGCGCGCGCUCAAGACGUCACUGCUGCGGCAGGGGCGCAACGCGCCGCAGACGCAGGAGUGGCUCAAGGCGCUGGGCACGUGCGUGCGCGCGCAGGGCAUGACGUUUGACGCGGAGGACACCAUUGAGGAGCUCACGGCGGGCAAGUAAGCAGCAAACGUGGGCGGGUGAGGGUACGAGAGUAACACGCCGAGUGGCAGUGACAAUGUGCGUUGACUUCGCGUCACAGUGGAGGACAUCAGGAGGGCGGUGAAGGGAAAAGAUGGGCGGUGUGUACUUUCGGACAGUAAGCAGCAUGUAUCGUAACAGUUGCGUGCAUCCCUUGGCAACCUCAAGUUUGGUGGAGUACGGCAGUGUUGCCGUUCAGGCCAUUCGCAUUGGUCAAGGUUCUUUGGAGCUGUACAUAUGCAAGCAGGGGGCUGGCCAUUGCCGUACGUGCACGGUAGCAUGUGGCUGGCCGGAGUCUGGCGAUAUUGGAUACGGAUACACGAACAUGUUUGCCAGAAGAGCACGGAACUGCCUGCGCUGUAAUAAUGCACGGGCGCGCUGUAUAUAUCAAACAGUCCCAGAAUGCGUCAGUAUGUAUGCUACAAGGAGGCUGUAUGUGCUGCUCCCUGUCGUACCCGAUCCAUGCGUUGUCCCCGGGGCCGGGGCCGCACUGCCGCCCCGUUCAAAAGUGCUGUGAGUAACGGUCCCCUGCGUGCCAUCCCUUGAACAUGGGCAAAGAGAAUAGGGCAAUAGGCCAGUGGGCUUUGGGGACGGCACUUACGGUAGCCUAGGGCGACGCUUACGAAGUCUGCUACGGCGGGUUCAGUUGACGUGCACAACCCUGCCCUGAUUCCUCCCAAGUA